AUGAGCAACGCUGCAGACCAGAUCAACGACUCGACGCCCCGCAAUGCGCCCAAGGCAAGUCCCACCGCUCCGCUCCUCGUCGGCAAGGCGGUCAAGACUGCUCUCGAGCAGGGCGCACAGAACAUCGACCUGAGCAAGCUGCCCAACUUGACGGACAUGUCGCCCGAGAGCAUCACGCAGAACGUCCAUGCGAUCAACUCUCUUUGCCAGGACCCGAGGCAGAAGUUCGUGUUCGAGAAGCUCGUCACCCAUCUGCACGACUUUGCUCGCGAAGUUAGCUUGACGACGGACGAGUGGAUGAAUGCCAUUCAAUUCCUCACCAAAGUCGGACAGAUCUGCUCGCCCAUCCGCCAGGAGUUCAUCCUGCUCUCGGAUGCUCUCGGUCUGUCCGCCUUGGUGGACUCGAUGAACCAUCCGACGAAGCCGCCUGCGACCGAAGCGACUGUUCUCGGGCCGUUCUUCACCGAGGAUGCGGCAGACCUCUCGCACGGCGACUCGAUUGCAUCGGAGGGCAAGGGCGAAUACAUGUAUUGCGAGGGACGAGUGCUCGACGUCGACGGCAAGCCCGUCGCCAACUGCACCAUCGAGACGUGGGAGACGGACGACGAGGGCCUCUACGACACGCAGUACUCGGACCGGUCUCACCCUGAUUGCCGAGGAAGGCUGCACACGGACGAGAAUGGCUACUAUGCGUACCGCCUCGUCAAGCCCACACCUUACCCUAUCCCCUUCGACGGUCCCGUUGGACAAAUGCUCAAGUCGCUCAACCGCCACGUCUUCCGCCCCGCUCACCUGCACAUGAUGUUUGUCGCCGAGGGAUACGAGACGCUCAUCACGGCGCUGUACUUCAAGGGCGACCCGUACCUCACGAGCGAUGCCGUCUUCGGCGUCAAGUCGAGCCUGAUCGUCGACACCGAGUUGAUCGAGGACGACGCGCGGGCCAAGCAGCUCGGCUUUAAGCACGGCCCCUUCCACUACCUCAAGAAGGACUAUGUCCUGAUGACGAAGGAUCAGGCUGUGGAAGAGAAGAAGAAGUCGCUCGCCAACUACUACAAGUCGAUCCAGCCUUGA